AUCGCUAGGGUUUCUUUCCCCGGAUCACUCCGCCUCCACUCCUCCCAUCCCCCAGGUAAGGUUGUCGGCGGCGAGCGGCGGCCAUGACGACGGGCUUGAGGAAGAACAGGAAGAAGCGUGGCCACGUGUCCGCCGGGCACGGCCGCAUCGGCAAGCACCGCAAGCACCCGGGCGGUCGCGGUAACGCCGGAGGCAUGCACCACCACCGCAUCCUCUUCGACAAGUACCACCCGGGCUACUUCGGCAAGGUCGGCAUGCGAUACUUCCACAAGCUCCGCAACAAGUUCUACUGUCCAGCCGUCAACGUCGAACGCCUCUGGUCGAUGGUGCCCGCCGACAAGGCCGCGGAGGCCGGCGCUGACAAGGCCCCGCUGGUGGACGUGACGCAGUUCGGCUACUUCAAGGUGCUCGGCAAGGGGAUGCUGCCGGCGAAGCCCAUCAUCGUCAAGGCUAAGCUCAUCUCCAAGGUCGCAGAGAAGAAGAUCAAGGCCGCCGGAGGCGCCGUCGUGCUCACCGCCUAGGGUUCGGUCCUCCUGGUCAUCUCUUGGUCUUGAGAUCUUUAUCUGAACUAGUAGUCAUUUAUUGUUUAAUCUGUUUCUGCUAAGAAGACUUGACAGCGGCUUAUGAGAAUUUUUGCACUUUGUGAUGCCAGCUCGUACCAAAUAUUUCAGUUCUAUACCAAUCGUCGCUACUUUUGCUACCAA